AUGGCCACGAACAUCGAUGAUUCGCUCUUCCUCGGUCUCGACCUCUCUACGCAGGGCCUCAAAGCGGUCCUCAUUGACGAGGAGGGCGCACCAGUGCACGAGUCUGCGGUGAACUUUGACCGCGAUCUCCCUUCGUACGGCACUACAAAUGGCGCAAUCCGUGGACCCGGCCCCGGCGAGGUCACCUCGCCAAAAAGACACAAAAUUCGAAUUUUGAGGGGGAGGGGGGUGGGUGGUCGCCGCUGGGACACCCUCCUGGCGACAAAAAAUUCUGGGGGUCAAGGGGGUGGGGGGCUCCAAAUCCGAGGUUAA